AUGGCGCUGUGAUCACAAAAUUUGUCAACAGACGACGCCAUCUUUGGUAGCCGCGAAAUAAGGGGGUUGGGCUUAUGCCCAGAUUUUCGAUGGUUUUAAGUGGACUAAAUUGUUUUGAAAGCACCAGGGAUGAGUAAUUACAUUCAGGUAGCCGAGGAUGAGUCGGAGGAGUCGAUGGAAGUCCCGCUUGAGGAGGACGGAACGCUUUUGUUGUCCACUUUGAACGCGCAGUUCCCUGGCUCUUGUGGGUUGAAAUAUCGCAAUCCGGAUUCCGGUGCUAUGAGAGGAAUUCGCCUCUCGGACGGCAGAUUGUACCCUCCGGACGCAGAAUGGUCAAAUAGAAUGUACAUCGCAGUCUUCCCGAAAGAUGGUAACAAAAAGAAGCUGGGUGAAGAUUUGUCGGAUGUUUCGUCAGUGACGGGGUCACGAGGGAAAAGAGAAAGGUCACUGAAAUGCAGCGAUCUCAUUGUGCUCGGGCUGCCAUGGAAGAGUGUGGAGGAGGAUCUACGAAAGUACUUCUCCCAGUUUGGAGAACUCCUUAUGGUUCAGGUGAAAAAAGAUCCAAAGACAUCACAUUCAAAGGGGUUUGGGUUUAUUCGGUUUGCGGACUAUGAAGCCCAAGUAAAGUGUAUGGCCCAGCGACACCACAUAGACGGCCGUUGGUGUGAUGUUCGUAUACCCAACUCCAAAGUGGAACAGAAGGACAACCUGGUGAAUCGGAAAGUGUUUGUGGGGCGUUGCAUAGAGGAUAUGACCGCUGAUGAUCUCAGAUCGUAUUUCAACAAGUAUGGGGAAGUUGUUGAUGUAUUUAUACCCAGACCGUUUCGAGCUUUUGCCUUUGUGACAUUUUCCGACGCUGAAACAGCCCAAUCCUUGUGCGGGGAAGACCAUAUUAUCAAGGGUGCAAGUGUGCACAUAAGCAACGCUGCACCUAAGACUUACGACAAGCAAAUGGACGCUAGGAAAGGCAGUAUGAAUGCCGGUCAGCAAGCUUACAGUCAAGGAGGGUAUAGUCACACACCCUGGAGCCAAGGUGGAGGAAGAGGCCCCGCACAGCCUCAUUUACAAGGGCAGGUUGCGCCAGGAGUCCCCAAUAACAUGGGGAUGAAUAUCAGCGCAUUUCAACUGAACCCCGCGAUGAUCGCUGCUGCCCAGGCCAUGUUGAGCGGUCAGGGUGGAUGGGGCCCCGUGGGGAUGGUUAAUCAGCAAGGUGGCCCAACUCCAGUGAGCGGCGGCACACCCUUACCCCCUCCGAUACCGACCGCUGUGGAAGCCCAGCCGGCCCAACCGACCAAUCAAGCACAACCUCCGCAGUCCUUCGGCAAUAUUGGCAGUGGUCAACCAGUGAGUGCAGGCGCAGUGGUCUCUGCAGGAAAUAACAACUUCCUGGGAUGGGGCGGGAAUCAGCCUUCGGGGGAGAUGCAGCAGCCUCAAAGUACAAGUCCCGGUGUUGGAGGAUGGGGUGCUGCCCCGCCCAAACAAACUGGGGGUGCGUGGAGUUGAACAUAAAAUGUUUUAGGGUGUGUAUAGAAAACUAUAUUUAUUACUGUUUUGAUUGAGUGGAUAGAUUAAGAAAAUACCUUUUAAAAUUUAACUUUUAUUCCUAUUUAGCUGCUUUUGCCUAAUUUUUUCUCUGUUAUUUGAAAAUAACUAUGGUUUUAACACUAAGAUAUGAUUUUGGCUUACUUGUUUUAAUAUGUACAAUAUUUAUGCUUUUAAAUAUAUUUACAUCUUAUUCUUAUAUCAACUAUUUCUAAUUAAUUUUAAACAGAUUUUUUUUUUGGUUAUUGAUGUAAAUAUGUGGUUAGAUUUUUAUCAAUACGACUAAAUGGUUAUUUUACUUGGUAUGGGUUAGUAAUGUGUAUAAACCAAUCAAAAGCUACCUCGGAAGAUCAUUUCAAUUCAUUGUAGAGAAAAAUAUUGUUAUAAAUGACUGUAUUUUUACUUUGUAUGAAUUUUAUAAGAACGUUUGCAAGAAUUAGGUAGGAUUUUGCUUGUCUGGGUAAAGAUAAAGUGUUGUAGAAUACCAGGAAAAUAUGGCAGAAAAUGUUUAUAUAUUGGUAGCACUAUCUUGUAAAUAUUGUAAUUUUAUCUUAGUGUUUUGUGAGUGUAUGUGACUUGUGGCUAGGCAGUAUGUUAGAUGUUUCAGAGUAGCUCAGAAAAGUUUCUACUUUAAAUCAGGAUGCGGUUUAAUUGUUGGUUUAACUGUUGAUGAAGUCGAAAUAAUUUCUUUUAUAAAGGAAAUAACAGGAUACAGAAAGGAAGUUAAAGCAAAGUUUGAAUUGUUAAAAAAACACUAUAAGGAUACUGCAUUUGAUUCGAUUAUUACAGUGAUAAUACACAUGUGUAAAUUCAAGUUUUUAAAUUGAUCAUCCAAAAAGUACAAGACUUAAGAGUACUGUAUUAAAACUCAUGAAAUUGAUUUCAGGCUGAAUUUACGAGGACUGAAAUUAUGUAUGAUACUAUUAGUGGCUUUCCUAUUAAUAUUUUGAUGAAUUGUUUUUAGAUAAAGGUUAUGAAUAUUAAAGUCAUGUUAAAUUUCUUAGCUUACUUGUUGACUUACAAGAUCAGUGAUAAACUGAUAAACAAAAUCAUUGAAUUUCACUGUUAUGUCACUUUUGACAGGAAGUAAGUUAGACAGAGAAUUGUAUCCUUAAGUGUUUUUUUUCCUCAGUAAUGAAGAACAAGAGAUGAAGGUACCAGUGGUUUAGCUACAUGUACAUUUUAUUGUUAUAAAUAUUUGUGAUUAGGUGUGUAUUUUACGUAGUAUAUAUAUUGUACAGUCUUUAUUCUUGGUAUUUAAUAUAGUUCUAUUUUUGGUAAAAAAAUCAUGUUUGUUCACAUAGCAGGGUUAAAAACAGACUUGUGCAUCAUUUUUGAAGCUUUUUUCUACUAGAGACGAAAUUAAAAAAUGUAAAUUCAAGGACGUUCAAACUUGAAAAAUUGGCAAUCAGAAAUUGUACAGGCCCGAAGUUCUCGAAACUUUUUAAGCUUAACAGGCUUAAGUAGCUUACUAGUAUUUCAAAUAGUCAUAACACAUACUUAAAUGUGAUUUUGGUAAAUGAAUUAUGGUUAUUUGUGAUCUCCAUCAAAGAAAUUCAUAUUUAAGGUUGAAUAACUCUAAAUGAAGUUAAUAUUACGCGAAUUAUAGACAAAGAGAAAUAGUGAGAUUAGCUUAAUCCUGUUAUAAGGGACUUAAAAAGUUUCGAGAAAUUGGGGCCAGAUCUAUAUAUGGAGGGCUUAUUGCAAGGAAGUUGUGACUAUAUAUAGAAAUAGAAGAUGUUACAUCAUUGUUGCACUAAACUAUGAAUAUAUCUACUUUGGAACUGAUUUGCUAGAAUAUUUGACCACUAGAGUCACCAGAUUUUCAAAGGUGACUUAUUGUUAUUGUUUUUUCCCCUUCAAAUUUACGAGGUACAUGUAUAAAAGAAUGUUAAAUUAAAGGUGUUUUUUUGCCUCUGUAGAAAAUGAAUAAGUGUUGUUUUCAUUAAUUCCAUCCUGUAAAUAUUGUAAUAUUUAAACAAUCAUAUGUUUGGUGUGCACCUGAUCAUGCGUGUAUGGUUUUGUUGAUUUUGAAAAAUAAAUAGAAUUUUAUGUAUUUAACUACUAAUAUCCGAAGAUUUAGUUGAAUAGAUGAUACUUUGCUUUUGUGUCAGACAUGUUAUUUUAACUUGAAUAAGGAAAUUAGUGAACAAUGAUGGGAACCGACUUUGUUUUCUUUAAAAUUGGCUGCAUUAUAUGUACUCAUUGUAACAUUCUAAUGUUAAUUAGAUUGUAAAUUGUAAAUUCUUUUUUUAAAGAGCAGAUGUUAAAUAAAGUUGUUUUAUUGUAGACAAUGACUAAAUGCUGUUAUAAUUUGGUAAACUCUUAACAUAAAUUUGAAGGGAUGAUAAUGCAAAACAUGUUAUAGUAUUAAAUAUAAGACAGAUUAUGAUGUUAGCAUAUUUCCAUAUUUUUUAAGCUAAUUUUAUAAUGAACCUGUCUCAAUUGUUAAUUAAAACCUUUUUUUAAGAUAGCAAUAUGAAAUCUGUUCCAUAGCAAAGACAUUCUCUUCUCUUUAAAAACUUUCCUUUGGAUGCAAAAUUGUAAAGAAUAAGUUUGUUUGACAUGAUACCAUAUACUCCAUAGAUCAUAAGAACUCUGAAAUAAAGAAGAUUUAUGAGAAUUCAGGAGCCGUACACCUUUUCAAAUUCCACCAUGAAGUGUAUACUACCCUUUGAAUGUAAAAAUGGCAUUGCCUUUAUUUGAGGUGGUAAAUGACAACAUUGUUUAUUCCUACCUAUAGUUGUUAAGUAAAUGUUGGUGUUUUUUUGUGGCUGUAUUUUUCACAGAAUAGAUGAGUUUCAACUUUUUCAAGUGUAAAUAUAUAUAUUAUAACUACUGGCAGCUUUAUACUUAGUAUUUUACAAUACUAGAGAUGUAUAUAGAGGUCUAACCAGACUUAUUUAUGCUAAAUAAUGCUUCCAGUUUUACAGAAAGUUUGUUGUUCAGUUUUCUUUACUCUGUUAAAUGUUUGGUGUUGGUUAACCUCAAGAUUAAUACAUCAGGCAGUUCACAAUGGGUCGAUGGUUCAGAACUUUGUCAAAAUUAACAACGUUGUUAACAGAAUCGUUAACUUUUGAAGGUCAACUAUUUUAUCAUGUGCUGAUAUAGGUCAAUAAAACAGUCAUAGGUGAAUCAGUUGUUUCAAUAGUUGUGUAAAGUACCUUCGAUCACAUGUAAGUCCAUGAAUAAUAUAGAGUAUUAAAGAUUUUAAAUUUAUCAACAAUUCAGCUAACAAUGGAUGAACAAUCGGCCUAAUGUUUCUUUCUAUUUUGCUAGUAACAUAGGGAACUAAUAAGCUUACCUUUCAAGGGACUUGUUCACAGUUUAUAGAGUCACACCAGAUGUGUUUGGACUGGUUGUGUUGACAAAAUGUGAAAACAAACCAAUUUUAAUGAAGUUUGGAAAAAUGCAUACAUAAAAUCAGUGAACAAAUCCCUUUAAGAGAAUAUAAUCAAGAUACAUAUUAUAGGAAAUUGUUAAAUUGUUUGCUUUUUAUGUGUAAGGUAUACUGUGUAUAAUCAGGUAAAUUUUGAAUGCCUUGCAACUUUGUAUUAUGCUUGUAUGAUUUGAAGGGGUUUUAUCCAGAAAGAAAGUACCAGUAUAUGCAAAAAAUAUACAGAAAUGAAUGACAAAAAUGACAUAUUUUCUAGGGAUUAAAAGAUUGCAAAUAGGUCAGUAAUAUCACAAUGAUUUCAGUUGAAAUAUAGAACAAAAAUUCAAGAAAUAACUUUAUAAUGUGUCCUUUUUUUGAAUUUAUUGAUAUUAUUUUUCAGCUCUUAAUGUUCUUUCAAACGAUACCAACAUUUAUGAGGUCGUCAGGCAUCGAAAUUUAACAUUAUCACCAAUGGCUCAUUGAAAUGGCAAGCCUAUCUGUACAACUUGAUACAUUCUGUACCUUAAAUGGUGUUUACUUUUAAAGUAACAUUUCUUGUUAUAAAAUACAAAUGAAACACAGUCGUAGUAUACUAACAGAGUCUAAUGCAGUCGAAUCCUGUUGGCUCGAACUCCCAGGGACCGGCGGAAAUACAUCGAGCCUCGGAAAAAUCGAGCCAAACGGAAUUGUUAACCUUCAAUUUAAAGAAAUCGGUCCUCUACACCUAGUUCGAGGAAUUCGAGCAAAGCGAGUUCGAGCCAACAUGGUUCGACUGUGUAUGAUUCCGUUUGAUAGUCUGUUUUCAAAUCUUAAGAAAAUGUAGACUUCUCACAUCAUUGAAUUUCAUCAAGCUCCAUUUGGGAUGAAAGUUUGAAAAAGUUUAUCUGUUCAUGACUGCAACUUAAUAUGUGAUUAAAACCACGCAGAUUAGACCAUAAAAUGGCAACAUUGCGGUGAAACUGUUGUUAUACCAUAUGUAAAUACAGAAAACAUGUAUAGUUGUUGAGGUUUGUGAAUUCCUUCUACAUUUUCAUGUGUGUGUUACUUUCUUGUGUGUGUUUUUUCAUUUUGAGUAAACGGAAAAUCAUGUUUAUGAAACGUUGAAAUAUUGUUAUUUAUCUUCUUUUUUUCAUUAGAAAUGGUUUUCAUCUACAUAUAUAUUGACAGGUUAAUCUUAUAUAUAUUUUUUCUUCUAUAUUUCUGUGUUGAAUGUUUAGUGCCCUUUGUUAGUGUGUGUGUAUGGUAAAAUAUAAUUGAUUUUCAACUGUGAACCAAAAUUAGAACGAAAAGGUUUUCUAAUUUAUAACCAUGUGUAUGAUCAGCCAUUUAUGCCAUUUCUGUCAUGUUGGCUUGUUAAUGCGGAUAAUACCUAGAAAAGUAGAGGGUUCUGUAAUCUGAUCUGAACUAGGGGCAAUGGAGUGGUCUAGCGGUAUAGAUGCCCCCCUCUCGUCACCCACGAGGUUGUGGGUUUGGUCCCCAGGGAACAGACUCAAAAGUGAUUGUAUAAGCUAAAGCUUUCUUCCAAAUCAAGCUGAAACAAAUUAUUAUAAUAAACUAACUAUGGAGAUAUUUUAAAGAUAUUUUAUUAAUUUCACUCAGCUUCUGUCUGCUAUGCUAUGAAACCAUUCCGAAUUUGUUGAGUAUUUCGUUCAGAGAGCAAUUUUUUAAAUUUUCUGUGAAGAGUUCGGAUUUUUUUCUCUCGAUAUUUUGAGUCUAGAUAGGAAAGUGUGUUGCCAAAAGUGAACCACACCCUGUUAAAGUCGGUUUCUGAGGUCUAUGUCUGCUGUUGUCUAGACAUUCAUUCAACAUUUUGAUCAUACACAUGGUUAUACUUUAAGACAGGUGUUGCCUGCCGUGUUUAAAUGUAUUACAUUUGGUAUGAGGAGUCUGUGAAGCAUUUUGAAGCAAGUGUCCACUACACUCAGCUGUAUAAACAUCAUUGUAAUAAGUGUUGGUUGGAAACAAGUGUAUUAUUUGGUUUGACUAUUUUACAAAAUGCAUAGGUAAUUUAAAUAUAACAAACAGUUGA